CCUAUAUUCGUGGUACAUAGAAUAUGCCGCCAGCAUUGCAAUGCAUUUGUGAAAUAUGCUGUUGCGGUCGUCACAAAUGUCCUCACCGACCAAAAGCAAUAGUACCUUGGGGACCAUGUGUUAUGUCAGAAUAUUCAGCACAGUAUCAUCCCCAUUGUAUAUCUCCAGAAAGUUCAAUAAAGCCACAUGCAAAUAAUUUGUUUGCUAGCAGUGAGCCUGUAUCGGAUAAAACUACUCAUAGGAUUGAUUAUGCAUCACAUGGUAUUUGUGAACCACCACGCGUUUAUAAGCCAUCGCCAUAUGUACCACCGAAAGGAAAAAUGGAAGAUACAACAUGCUAUCGAAAUGAUUUUAUUCCAAAGUUAUGUCCUCCACCAGAAAUAAUUAAACCAGUUGAACGAAUGGGAUGUUCAGCAAAAUUCGAUGGAAAUCCAACCUAUAGAAGUGAUUAUCGUCCAUGGGAUGUAAAACCAAAUGUUCCAGUUAAACCAAAAUAUGAAAAAUCCCAACUGCCGAAAUUUGAUGCUCAACCAACUUAUCGCCAAGAGUAUAUACCACAUUGUAUGCAAAAAACUGAGAGUUUUAAACCAGUAAAUUUACCAAAAGUAUACGAUGAACCAUUUAAAGGUGAUACAAUCUAUCGUACAGAAUAUGUAACUCAACCAAUCCAACCAAAAACACCACCAAAACCACAAACAAUAGCUAAAUCAACUGUACCAUUAGAUACUUUGACAACAUUUCGUAAAGAUUUUACACCAAAAGAAAUAUGUCUAAAUCCAUCUUAUAAACCUAGUCAACAACUGGUCACCUCUAAAGAUCCAAUAAGUAAAUUAACAACAAAUCGUAUCGACUUUAAAGAUUGGGGUUGUCAACCACCAGAGCGUACUGCAGCUCCACCAUAUCAACCAAUGCAAGGCGAUAGAUAUCUUGAUAGUACAUACAGAAGUGAUUAUUCUGAAAAACCAAUUUGUCCGCCAACUGUAAUUAAACCAAUUGAAAUACCAAAAUGUGAUGCUAAAUUUGAUGAUACUACAAAUUAUCGUAAUGAUUAUGUCCCAUGGAAUACUAAAGCUGAACAUGUCAAAAAACACGCUACUUGGACACCACCAACUAUCCCACUGGAUAAGGAUACAACAAAUAGAAAUACUUCGUCAUAUGAGUUUGUGAUGAAUAUUUGUGAUUUUAAGAAUAAUUAA